AUGGAGACACAAGUCCCCACUCCUGGAGAUUCGGGGUUAUCCACUCACCCCACAAGUCUGGAAUUCAACAAGGAAGUCGCUUCAGCUUCGAUUUCCGCUUCGUCACCACGCCAUUCAACAAACGAUCCUCCAAAGGAUAGUCUAGUGGUUGUAGAAGAUAUCAAAGAUGAAGACAAAUAUCUCACCGGCACCAAACUUGCCCUGGUGGUGGGUUCUGUCACCCUGGUUAACUUUUUGAUGCUCCUUGAUAUGUCAAUCAUUGUCACUGCAAUCCCGACAAUUACCACCCAUUUCCACUCCCUUGGAGAUGUGGGGUGGUAUGGUAGUUCUUAUCAGAUUGCAAGUGCUUGCUUGCAGCCCUUGACAGGAAAAGUCUAUACCAAUUUCAACUCUAAGUGGACCUUUUUGGGGUUCUUCUUCGUGUUUGAGCUUGGCUCGCUGCUCUGUGGUAUUGCAACCUCUUCCAUGAUGCUCAUCAUCGCUCGUGCGGUAGCAGGUAUGGGAAGCUCCGGCAUGAUGAACGGUGGUUUGACGAUCAUAUCAUCGUGUGUUCCACUUCACAAGUCUCCAAAGUUAAUUGGCAUGAUGAUGGGCUUUUGCCAAUUUGGUCUUAUCUCUGGGCCACUGAUUGGUGGUGCUUUUACUGAAAAGGCUUCGUGGAGGUGGUGUUUCUACCUCAAUCUUCCUGUUGGUGCUGUCGUCGCAUUCGCCAUGAUCUUCAUCGAUAUUCCUGAUCAAUUCCCUAAGCCACCAAUUAAAUCAGCAGCCAAGACCAUUCUCCAUGAGCUUGACCUAAUUGGUUUCGUCCUUUUUUCUCCCGCAGCUGUUCAACUUCUCCUCGCACUUGAGUAUGGUGCGGCUGGUACAUUCAUCGUCUUCCUCCUCUGGGAGUACCGUCAAGGAGACAAGGCCAUGAUUCCUCUGUCUAUGAUUACCCAGAGGAAGAUAUGGACAAGCUGCAUUUUCAUGAUUGGUCUUUUCGGGACCGUCCUUUCCAUGUCCUACUAUCUACCCAUUUACUUCCAGGCUGUCAGAAAUGACUCCCCUAUCAUGAGCGGUGUCUCUCUGCUACCUAUAAUGUUGACACAGGUCGCAUGCGCAGUGACCUCGGGGAUUCUUAUCGGAAAGCUAGGAUACUAUCUUCCUUGGGCCGUAGCUUGCGGCAUACUCAGUGCUAUCGGUGCAGGACUUUUUUCGUCAUUGACCCCCUACACAUCCGUCGCCAAAUGGGUCGGGUUUGGAAUUAUUACUGGAGCUGGCCGAGGAUUUGGGUUUCAAACGCCCAUCAUUGCCAUCCAAAACAGCCUUCAACCUAGCCAAAUAUCGGUCGGCAUGGCGGUUCUCAUGUUCACUCAGACACUUUCAGGUGCCGUCUUUCUCACUAUAUCAAACGUGAUUUUCGAUGCCGGCCUUCGGUCUUUACUGCCGAAAGAUGCACCUAAUGCCGAUAUGACAGCUAUAAUUGCUGCCGGUGCUACUGGCUUCAGAUCCGUUGUAUCGAGUGAAGAUCUUCCUGGUGUCUUGAUAGCGUACGCAAAGAGUAUUGAUUAUGUUUUCUACAUGACUGCUGGGAUGGGAGUGCUCAUGUUCAUCAUCUCUUUUGGUAUGGGUUGGAAAGACGUUCGAAAGAAAGCACCUUCCUCUGAGAAAGUCUAA